AUGCAAAACAUUGGACGUGAAACUCAAAUUGAUAUUCCUAUUGAAUUACUUUCUAAUCAUUCUGGACGUAAAACUGCUACUCAAGUCUUACAAGAUGAAGAAAUUCCUGAACAAGCAAUUAUGCAACUUACUGGGCAUAAAAGUGUUCAAGGAGUGCGAGCUUAUAAAAAAAUUAAUGAAGAGCAACAACUUAAUACUUUAAAGACAUUAAUUAAUAUUACUGAUGAUAAAUUAUCUUCUAAACAAAAUAAUUCAUCCUCACAAGAUAAUUCAAUUAAUGAUAAUGUUGAAAUUACAAAAUCACGUGUUUCUCUUCAAGAAAUUUCUUUGUCUGCAAAUUCCUUAGGAAAUGAAAUACCUAUAUUUCAAAACUGUACCUUUUCAAAUGUUUCUUUUUAUAUACAAAAAUAG